UACCCUUAAAUUAAACAGGCCCCACUUUUCUCUCUCAUCUCCUCUCUGUCUUUCUCUCUCUAGAACUCCCCAUUGCCCUUCCCCCAUAAAACAACCCACUCGUCACCCACAACCCAGAAUUGCCAUGGGCGUCGACAUGUCCAAUAAUCCUCCAACUUCUCGUGCCAAAGACUUCUUCGCUUCUCCAGCUCUCUCUCUCUCCCUCGCUGGGAUUUUCCGAGAUGGAGCGGCGGCGGCUGCGGCGGCAGACAUGGAGGUGGAGGAGGGAGAUGAAGGAAGUGGUGGCGGGAGAGAAGGGACGGUGGAGAUCAGCAGUGAGAACUCGGGUCCGGUGAGAUCGCGUUCUGACGACGAAUUUGACGGUGAAGAAGAGCAAGACGACGACGGCGGCGGCGGAGACAAGAGCAAGAAGAAAAAGAGGAAGAAGUAUCACAGACACACUGCUGAACAAAUCAGACAAAUGGAAGCGCUAUUCAAAGAGUCACCUCAUCCAGAUGAGAAGCAAAGGCAGCAACUGAGCAAACAAUUAGGCCUUGCUCCUAGGCAAGUCAAGUUCUGGUUUCAAAAUCGUCGAACGCAAAUCAAGGCUAUACAAGAACGCCAUGAAAAUUCUUUGCUGAAAACAGAAAUGGAUAAACUCCGCGACGAAAAUAAGAGCUUGAGAGAGACCAUAAAGAAUGCUGCUUGUCCCAAUUGUGGCUUUGCUACCUCUAGCCGAGACGCCUCUGCCACGACCGAAGAACAACAGCUCCGAAUUGAGAAUGCCAGACUCAAAUCCGAGAUUGAAAAACUCCGAGUAGCUGUUGGGAAAUACCCUCCCGGAGCAUCACCAACAACCUCCUCAUGCUCAGCUGGGAAUGACCAAGAGAACAGAAGCUCUUUAGAUUUUUACACUGGGAUUUUCGGGCUUGAGAAGUCGAGAAUUAUGGAGAUAACGAAUCAAGCAAUGGAGGAGCUCAAAAAGAUGGCUAGUGCAGGGGAACCUCUCUGGCUUCGCAGCGUUGAGACUGGCCGGGAGAUACUGAAUUAUGAUGAAUACAUGAAAGUGUUUUCUGCUGAAAAUUCCAGCAAUGGAAGGCCUAAAAGAUCCAUCGAGGCCUCAAGAGAGACCGGGGUUGUCUUUCUGGAUCUCCCAAGGCUACUUCAAAGCUUCAUGGAUGUGAAUCAAUGGAAGGAGAUGUUUCCAUGCAUGAUCUCAAAAGCAGCUACUGUGGAUGUUAUCAGCAGUGGGGAGGGUCAAAACAAGAAUGGUGCUGUUCAAUUGAUGUUUGCAGAGCUGCAAAUGCUCACACCAAUGGUGUCAACAAGAGAAGUGUAUUUCGUACGACAUUGCAAGCAAUUGAGUGCCGAUCAGUGGGCAAUUGUUGAUGUCUCUGUUGACAAAGUCGAAGACAAUAUUGAUGCAUCUCUUGUAAAGUGCAGAAAACGCCCAUCCGGUUGCAUCAUUGAGGAUAAAACAAAUGGCCAUUGCAAGGUGACCUGGGUAGAGCACUUGGAAUGCCAGAAAACAACUGUCCACACUAUGUAUCGUUCCAUUGUUAACAGCGGUCUAGCUUUUGGCGCGAGGCAUUGGGUGGCGACGCUGCAGUUGCAAUGCGAGCGCCUAGUGUUCUUCAUGGCAACAAAUGUUCCCACCAAGGAUUCAAGUGGAGUCACCACACUAGCAGGGAGGAAGAGCAUUCUGAAACUGGCACAAAGAAUGACUUGGAGUUUUUGUCGUGCACUCGGAGCAUCAAGCUUCAAUACAUGGAACAAGGUCCCAAGCAAGACGGGGGAUGACAUAAGGGUAGCUUCCCGGAAGAACUUGAAUGACCCCGGAGAACCUCUUGGGGUGAUCCUUUGUGCAGUUUCAUCUGUAUGGUUGCCGGUCUCUCACCAUGUCCUGUUCGAUUUCCUGAGAGAUGAAGCGCGCAGAAACGAGUGGGACAUCAUGUCAAAUGGAGGUCCAGUAGAAUCCAUUGCAAACUUAGCCAAAGGACAGGAUAGAGGCAAUGCAGUCACCAUCCAAACAAUGAAGUCGAAAGAGAACGGUAUGUGGGUGCUCCAAGAUAGCUGCACAAAUGCUUAUGAAUCCAUGGUGGCCUAUGCUCCUGUGGACAUCAGUGGCAUGCAGACUGUGAUGAAGGGUUGUGACUCCAGCAGUAUUGCCAUAUUACCUUCCGGUUUCUCGAUUCUUCCCGACGGACUCGAGUCGAGGCCUUUGGUGAUAACUUCCAAGCCAGAGGAGAAGAGCACAGAAGGGGGAUCUUUGCUCACCAUAGCAUUUCAAAUCCUGACCAGUAGCUCUCCCACUGCCAAACCUACCAUGGAGUCUGUGGAGUCUGUUAACACUCUUAUAUCAUGCACAUUAAGAAAUAUAAAGACUAGCUUGCAAUGUGAUAUGGAUGAGUGAUAUUAUUCCUAAUAGAUACAUAGGAUAGGUAUUAACUGUAAAAUCCAUAGACUCAAGGCUUCUAUUUUCCAUUUCUUUUGGGGAUUUUUUUUUUUUUUUUUAUAGGUAUUUUUUGUAUCUCUUGAUUGUUAUGAAAAUGUUCUUUUUAGUGGUGGCUUUCUUCUAUAACCAAACAUGGAGCUCAGGAAUACCUGUACUCAAUCUAAAGAGAGAUAAUUUUCAAUCUUCA